GGGCCGAGCUGCUGGGCCGCCUGGCGCAGGGCUUCGGCGUGGACCACGGCCAGGUGGCCGAGCAGAGCGCCGGCGUGCUCCAGCUGCGCCAGCAGCCGCGCGAGGCGGCCGUGCUGCUGCAGGCCGAGGACCGGCUGCGCUACGCGCUCGUGCCGCGCUACCGCGGCCUCUUCCAGCACAUCAGCAAGCUGGACGGCGGCGUGCGCUUCCUGGUGCGGCUGCGCGCCGACCUGCUCGAGGCGCAGGCGCUCAAGCUGCUGGAGGGGCCGCACGUCCGGGAAAUGAACGGAGUGCUCAAAGGCAUGCUCUCGGAGUGGUUCUCCUCAGGGUUCCUGAGCCUGGAACGGGUCACCUGGCACUCGUCCUGCGAGGUGCUGCAGAGGAUCAGCGAAUCGGAGGCUGUCCACCCUGUUAAAAGCUGGAUGGACAUGAAGCGCCGUGUCGGGCCCUACCGGAGGUGCUACUUCUUUUCUCACUGCUCGACCCCGGGGGAGCCCCUGGUCGUCCUGCACGUGGCACUCACCAGUGACAUCCCCAGCAACAUCCAGGCCAUAGUGAAGGAGCAGCCCCCGGAGACCGAGGAGAAGAGCAGGAUCGCCGCGGCCAUCUUCUACUCCAUCAGUCUGACGCAGCCAGGGCUGCAGGGCGUGGAGCUGGGCACCUUCCUUAUAAAGCGGGUGGUCAAGCAGCUGCAGAAGGAGUUUCCGCACCUGGCGGUGUUCUCCAGCCUGUCGCCCAUCCCUGGGUUCACCGCGUGGCUUCUGGGGCUUCUGAACUCGCAGGCCAAGGAGCGGGGCAGGAGUGAGCUGCUCACGGACUCCGAGUGCAGAGAGAUCUCCGAGCUCACCGGGGGCCCCGCCCACGAGACCCUCAAGGCCCUCCUGGGCAGCAGCGAGUGGGCCGAGUCGGAGAAGCUGGUCCGGGCGCUGCAGGCGCCCCUGCUGAGGCUCUGCGCCUGGUACCUGUACGGGGAGAAGCACCGCGGCUACGCCCUCAACCCCGUGGCCAACUUCCACCUGCAGAACGGGGCCGUGCUGUGGCGCAUCAACUGGAUGGGCGACAGCAGCCUCCGGGGCCUCGCGGGCUCCUGCGGCCUCAUGGUCAACUACCGCUACUUCCUGGAGGAGACCGGCACCAACAGCACCGCCUACCUCGGCUCCAAGCACAUCAAGGCUUCCGAGCAGGUCCUCAACCUGGUGGCCCAGUUUCAGAAGAACAGCAAGCUCUGAGCUGGUCUCCGACAGCCCCAGCCUGGCGUGGGGAGGAUCCUGGGCGCGGCGGCGCUUUGGGAGGAAAGCCGGGGCGGAGCCGGGCGCUGUGGAGGCCGGGCCUGGCUGCCGGAGCCGAGACGGCGGCCGUGGACGCGGCCAGGCCUUGUGCUGCCCCCGUGGCCUGGAGCCCUCCCUCAUCCCAGGGCGGCUCACGUGGCCCACAGGGACCAGGGCAGGGGCCUGACGCAGCAGAUUUCUGUCGCGCUGUGGGGCGUCCCUUGGUGCUGGCUGCGUUGGCCGCUUUUCCCCAGGCCACGGCGGGGACACGAGGCCGUGCUGCGUUUCACCAGCUGGAUCCUGACGCUGGGCCCAGAGUAGAGUAAGUGAAGUCCGCGACUGCACAGAUGUCGCUGUCCGAGGCCUGCGUGGGCUGCAGGCUUCAAAACGGUGGUCGUGCGGGUUCAUAAUGAAGGGAAUGGUCAGGAACAGGUUUGUUCCGUAGCAUUAAACGUGAUUAUUUAAUUUCUCA